GGAGGGCAAAAUGGAGGGAGAGAGGUAGAGAGAGAGAGAGAGAGAGAGAGAAGCACAGCUAAUUUUCUUCCCCUGGUUCACUCGACUCAAGCAAUGUCAUAGCUAUAGACACUUGACCUCAAGAAACUUGCAGACAUUGUUCGAGAAGUGACCCACAGAGUCUCAUCUUUUGAAGUCCAAGAGCAUUCACUCGGAGCCAAAGAAUAGGGAAACAGGAACGAGAGAGGAUGAGAGGUUGCAGUUGCAGGGUCCUUAGAUCUCUCAUCAUCUGUGUACUGUUUCUCCUUCAAGGAACGAAUGGUGACAACCCAUAUAGGUUCUUGACGUGGACGGUCACUUAUGGUGACAUUUACCCUCUGGGUGUUAAGCAACAGGGGAUUUUGAUCAAUGGGCAGUUUCCAGGGCCUCAAAUUGAUGCGGUCACUAAUGACAACCUGAUCAUUAGUGUCUACAACUACUUGAAGGAGCCAUUCCUGAUAUCAUGGAAUGGUAUACAACAGAGGAGGAAUUCGUGGCAGGACGGAGUCUAUGGCACGAAUUGUCCCAUCCUACCCAGAAGGAACUUCACUUACGUUCUGCAAGUGAAGGAUCAGAUUGGCAGUUACUUUUACUUCCCGUCUGUUGGGCUUCAGAAGGCCGCCGGAGGCUUUGGUGGCAUCAGAAUUUGGAGCCGGCCCUUAAUCCCCCUCCCUUUCCCUUCUCCUGCCGGCGAUUUCACUGUCCUCGCUGGUGACUGGUUCAAAACAGAUCACAAUCGACUGAGACUCAUUCUGGAUGUCGGUCACAAUCUUCCAUUUCCUGAUGGGCUUCUCAUCAAUGGCCGUGGUUGGAACGGAUACACAUUCACAGUCGAUCCAGGCAAGACAUACAGGUUUAGAAUAUCGAAUGUCGGCCUUACGACAUCCAUUAACUUCAGAAUUCAAGGGCAUAAGAUGAAGUUGGUUGAGGUCGAAGGCUCUCACACUCUUCAGACCACUUACGACUCCCUCGACAUCCACCUCGGUCAAUCCUACUCGGUCUUGGUCAUGGCCGACCAGCAACCGCAAGAUUACUAUGUAGUUGUCUCUUCCCGUUUCACCGCCCGGGUUCUCACAACAACCGCUGUUCUUCACUACAGCAACUCCCGCAUGGGAGUCUCCGGUCCUGUUCCUGGUGGUCCUACGACUGAAGUUGCUUGGUCAUUGAACCAAGCCAGAUCUAUACGUUGGAAUCUUACGGCAAGCGGGCCUCGACCAAACCCUCAAGGUUCAUAUCACUACGGGAUGAUCAAGACCAGCCGCACCAUCAUGUUGGCGAACUCGGCCCCGAUAAUCAAUGGCAAGCAGAGGUAUGCCGUCAACGGGGCCUCGUUUGUUCCAGCGGACACUCCAAUAAAGCUCGCGGAUCACUUCAAGAUUCCUGGGGUCUUCAAUCUGGGAAGCAUGCCCACAAGCCCCAACUGGGGGAGCGGCUACCUCCAGACCUCCGUCAUGUCCACGAACUUCCGAGAGUACAUUGAGAUCGUUUUCCAGAAUUGGGAGAACACCGUCCAGUCUUGGCACAUUGAUGGAUAUUCGUUCUUCAUCAUGGGAAUGGACGGAGGGCAAUGGACGCCUGCGAGUAGAUCGCUCUACAAUUUGCAAGAUACAGUAGCUCGUUGCACGACUCAGGUAUAUCCGAAAUCGUGGACCGCAAUCUACAUGGCUCUAGACAAUGUGGGGAUGUGGAACAUCCGAUCCGAGGACUGGGCGCGGCAAUACUUAGGACAGCAAUUCUACAUGAGGGUCUAUACCAGUUCGAAUUCGUACAGGGACGAGCUUCCGAUCCCUAAGAAUGCCCUGCUCUGCGGCCGCGUGAGGGGUCAUCGCACGAGACCGCUUUGAGCUUACUGUUGACGCAGACAGUCACGAGGGGGUGACGGAACUAAUUCUUUUCGAGCGAGCGGAAAUUCGUUUCAUGAGAGCUCUACUCGAGCUCUGAGGUUUACCUUUCAUGUCCAUGCUCUUUGAUAAUCUAGCUACCUAGGUGCAUUGCAUUUGCGAUGCAUUCUCAAGUGUAUUGAUACUUGAUUUCUGAAGGCAUCCUUGGUUUGUCAA